UUCUCAGCUCUCACUUUCUUUUUCUCUCUGUAACUCCUCUGAGAGACGGAUCAGAGAUAAUCAGUAUGAGUAGAUGGUGGAUGGAGACCUCAGGGAAGAAGGCAGAAAACUGGAAGGGAAUGAGAGCAGAGAAAGAACCUCUGAGACAAGCAGUUUGCACAGUGCAGAACGUUUUCGACAGCUGGAAGUACUUGACCACGUAACCAAUGCCCUUUCAUCUUUGCUGACCAACGUUAACACCCAGCAGACCAAAGCACAGGAGGCUGACAGGGAUGAGGCCAGUCACCUGGAUGCCACAAGGAGCAGACUUGUGGGCACACGAGUGAAGCGGAGGAGAAUCAGUCAGCUCCUGAAGAGGGCAUCUCAGCAGACAGUGCUGCUGAAACCGGACUCAGUGGCAUCCGAGAAAGAAAACUUAUCCAGCAGGAAAGAGCAGCCCUAUCCUUGUGCAGAUAUUGCUGAGAGGGGAGCAGCCCAAGCAGGCCUUUCUGCACAUACUGCAUUGGGCUGUCUCACUUGGGAAGAAACUCUCAGCGACAAAGGUGCCUUGGCAUAUCCCAAGCCCCAGCAUCCACAGACUCCACUGGGGAAAGCCUGGAACGUAUCGCUCCUAGCUGCAAACCAGCCUCUCUUUUCUCCUGUGCAUGAGGCACCUGCCAAAGACACACCAAGAAAGGAGCCACCUUUGCUUGUGGCCCAUGCACUCCAGAAAGUGGUUGAUCUAAACUGCAAGCUGCCAAACUCAUUUGAAAUGGAAGAGAUUCGGAGUUUUGAGGAUGAAACCCUAGCUGAAAGUCCCACUGACAUCACCUCAGCAGAGAUGAUGGUGACAAGAACAAGCAGCUGCCAGUCAGACAGCAGUGGAUUCAUGGAGGAGCUGCCAGAACCUGCAGCUUUACAAAAUCCAUCUUUGUUAGGGAACACUGAUUUUCUCCCUGAUGUCUACAAUCAAGAAGUGGUUCUGUCAUAUAGAACAGUUUUUCCUAUGUUAAAUCAAGAUUUUCAACAGAAGCCAGAUGAUUGUGUUGCUCAGGUCUUCAGCACAGCUUGCAAGAGCAUCUUGACGCUACCUAGAUCAAUGGAAGCAUUCAGGGACCAAGGAGAAGAGACUCUGUCGCUGCUCUCUGCGGAAAAUGGCAACUAUCCAGCAAGUCAUAUUGAGCCACAGACUUCUGUCCAAGAAGUGUCACACGGUGUGGACAAAGAAGAGGAUACAAGUGAAUGGAAUCAGGUUGAAAAGCACAGGUUCAUAAAAGAGCAGGGUCCUGUUUUGCAGAGUGAUCCUCAGGAUGAUGAUCCUAGCUCCUCCACGUUUGAUUAUCAUUUACAUUUUACUUCAGGACACAAAAAGAUGAACACAACCUUCUGUGAACUGAGUGAUUUGAGCCCAGCAGUCAUCACUGAGAGCAAAAUCAGAGGUGAAGAUGAAGGUGAGGCAUUCUGGACUGAGAACGACAUUGUCAUUUCAUAUGCUGGAAGUGCCCCCAGGGGUCGUACAGGACCAUGCUGGGGUGUGGAAGUGGUCAGUAAAGAUGGUACCCCACUUGAAGUGGAUGAGGUGGCAAAUGAGAGGAAGUUCUGCCAGGUGGAUGCUGAUUCAAAAAGUACAAGAUGCUUCCCCAAAAUGGGACUUCCAGAAGCUCUGCAGUGGGGUUCAGCAGCACAAACCAGGAGCAGUGCAGCUCUGAGCUGUGCUCUGCAAGUAUCUCAGAGGCAUCUCCCCUGCCUAGUGGAAGGGUCUGGAUUAAAUUCAUCUGAAGAUCAAGAGACUGGUAGCAUGGGGAAGAUCUUAGGUGCUAACAAAGCAGAACAGGGAGACACUGUCCAAAAUGGUGACAUGCCUUCUGCUCCUCUGAAAUCUGUUACUGUUCAGAUGUCUUCAAGGCUGGAGUUCACUUCAAGAGGAAAGAGCACAGGGCAAAAUGCUCCUCUCAGUGAGAAUCUUGCUAGGGAGGACCCUGUGGACUUCUCUGACAUGAUAACAUACUUUUCUGAGGGUGGUCCUCUGACAGGGUCAAACCUAGAGGCUUCAAAGAACAGUGUGAAGCAGAUCUCUGAAGCUUCCAGCCAAACUGACAUCCCUGCCAGGAAACUGGGGCAGCCAGCACUGCUGAGUCCAGCUCAUACUCGCUUGACCAAAUCGGCCUCUCUUGACAGCAUGCUUUGUGGAAAACACAGGUCACACUGCUGGGCAGAAACCUCUGGUGCUGGGGGUGUGCAGGGCAGUCACUGCUGUCACUGCUGCUGCUGCUGCCACGGCUGCUGCCCACGGACCUGCCCUGUGGCUGUCUCUGCCCAGCACCCUGCGGGUUGCUGCUCAAAUGAUGCCACCACUGAGCUGCAGCUCUUGAAAAGGCUGACGCUCCUGCAGGACACUGCAGCACGUAAUCUUGCUCUGUGUCCCCUUCAUGAAAUGGAAGUGAUGAAGAGCUCCUGCCAGCACUUCCAGGAGAAGCUGGAUGAGAUUGAACGGCACAUGACUGAACAGCAGGAGCUGCUUUCUGGUGCUAUGCCAGAUGAGGGCAGGAAGGAAGGCAGACACCUGCAGCUCUUGCGGCGAGCUGUUCGUCAGGAGGCUGCAGAGCUGGAAUGUUGGCUGGGUGAUGGAGCUUGCCGGGUCAGGGAGAGCAUCCUUAUGCAGCUGGACCAAUUACUAGCAGAACAAUCCCAUCUGUUUUCUGAGCUCGGACUCUCUGAUUGGAAGGGAGAAAGAAAAGCCCAGAAUAAACAAGCAUUUCCAGAUCCUGCUGACACUGCAUGUCCUCAAUGUGGGCACUCCAAACCUGUGCUCCAAAGAGUUCCUAGCAAAUACAUGACAGCAACAGGCUUGCUGUCUGCCUCAGGCCUGGGGGCACCCUCAAGGCAGUUUCCUACCAGGGCAACAUCUGAGCCGAACUUGCCCAAGUCUUCGCCAUGGGAGCUCUCUACCAGUAAAAAGGAAAUGAAAAGACUUCUCCAAGAAAACGUGGACUUUAAGUUUGGAGAAAUCUUUCCAAAAUUCUUUGGACAAUGACUCAACAGAAGGGAAAGACUUGAUGUAGGAGAGACUGAUGGAUGUUGGGUUUAAUCACAGAAUCCCAGAAACAUCCAGGUUGGAAAAGACCCUCAGGUUCACCAAGUCCAACCAAUAUCCCUACUCUACAAGGUUUACUCUAAACCAUAUCCCCAAGCACCACAGCUAAAUGACCUUUAAAUACAUCCAGGGUUGGUGACUCCACCACCUGCCUGGGAAGCCCAUUCCAAUGCCUGACUACUCCUACUGGGAAAAAAAUGUUUCCAGACAUCCAGUCUAAACCCAGCCUGUUGCAGCUUGAGGCCAUUCCCUCUUGUUCUAUCACUAUUUACCUGUGAGAAGAGACCAGCACCAACCUCUCCACAACAUCCUUUCAGGGAUCUGUAGACAGUGAUGAGGUUUACCCUCAGCCUCCUCUUUUUCAAACUAACCAUCCCCAGUUCUGUCAGUUGUUCCUCAUAAGAUUUAUCCCCCAGGCCCUUCCACAUCUCUCUUGUAAUGAGAUGCCCAAAACUGAACACAACACUUGAGGUGUGGCCUCACCAGAGCAGAGUACAAGGGGGACAAUCACCUCCCUACUGCUGGACACAGCAUUUCUAAGCAUUUCUAAUCCCAGACAGGAUGCCAUUGGCUUUCUUUGUCAUCUGGGCACACUGCUUACACAUAUUCAGCUGCUUAUUGAUUAGAACCCUCAGAUCUCUUUCCACCAGAGAGCUUUCCAGCCACACUCCCCCAUGCCUGAAGUGUUGCUUGGGCUUGUUGUGACCCAAUAAUAAUGGUUAUGGGUUUUUUUCCUGAACUGCAUCACAGAAACACAGGAACAGAACAUUAUGUUAUAGGAGGUCUCAGUUAUGGCAGCCUCACAUACAAUGAGAUAACUGGGCAGAAAAGAAGCUUCUUUGAAGAGACACCCUCUGUAUCUUGCUACUCUGGGACUGCAAAACUUACUAUGCUCCUAUCAACAAUCACAGAAUGAUAGAGUUUGGAAAUGACCUCCAGAUAUCAUCUAGUCCAAACCCUCUCUGAAGCAGGAUCACCUGGGGCAGGUUGCACAGGGAUCUAUCCAGGUGAGUUUUGAAAGUCUCCAGAGAAGAAGAUUCUAAAACCAUUCUGGGCAGCCUGCACUCUCAAGAAGUUUCUCCCUAAGAUCAAGUGAAGCCUUCUGUGGUGGUGUUUGUAGCCCUUUCUUGUCACUGUGAACCACUGAGGAUACUCCAGUCCCAUUCUCAUGACUUCCACCCUUCAGAUAUAAAUAUGCAUUGAUAAGAUCA